AUGAAUUUAGUUUAUUUACUGCCUCUUUUAUCAAGACCAGAUAAACAAUCAGCUAAAGAUGAAUUAAGUAAAGCAAUUUUUCAUUAAAUAAAGAUAAAAAGAGUAUUAAUGAGCUAAUCGAUUCAAUGUAUUAAUUGUAUGAUGAAAUCGAGAGAGUUAAUAAAAUUGUAUAGCAGCUAAGAUCACAACCAUAAUAAUUACAAAAAUUAAAUGAAGAAUUAAAUUAAAAAUACGAUAUCCUAUUGAAAGAUCAUCAAACAUUAUUUCAAAAAUAUCAACAGUUGUUAUCUGAUCAUCAGGAAGUUGUCGUUAGUUUUGAAAGCAUUAUAGAAAAUUUUAAAAGUUAAACAACUAAAGACUUCAUUAAAACUAUAAAGAGUAAAAAAAAUGUUUUGAAUAUAUGCUAAAAUUUAGAUUUACAUAUAUCAUAUCAAUAAGAAUAUUAAUAGUAAAUAAAUGAAAUAAAUACAAAUUUUUAAGAAAUUUAAUCAGUAGGAAAAAAAAUGGUUUAAGCAAUUAAUAACUUAAAUGAUGCAGAUGAACAACAACUAAUGAAUAAUUAUCAUUCAGAAGCAGAAGCAGAAGCAAAAAAAUAAAAGAGAAAUGAAUUAAUCUCUUAAUUAUUAUUAUAAAUAAAGUCAAUGAAAGAAAAAUAAGAUAAUUAAAUCAAAUUAUUAGAUAAAAUUUAUUAACUUUCUCAAGAUGAACUCCUAAAGGAUUAGAUAAAGAAAGCAUUAGAUCUUAUAUAAUUGAAUUAAGCUCUAUUCAAAAAUAUAGAAUUUAUCUUACCAACAUAACAUAAUUUAAUUAGAAAUUAUGAAUAAAAAGUUGAAUUCUAUAAAACAUAAUUGAAAAAAGAAAUAAAAAUUAAAGAAGAAUACUCCAAAAAAAUAUAAGAAUAUAAAAUCAAUUAAGAAAAUAGUCGAAGUUAAAAUGAUACCCAAAAAACUUAAAAAGGUAAUUUUUUAAACAUUUUUAGAAAUCUAAUCCUCUAAGUAUAUAAAAUAUUUUUAUGAAAUCUAUUUACAAUAUUUGAAAUUAAUUCUAAAUUUGAUUGAGAUUUAAAAAGUUAAAUAAAAAGAAUUAUUAUAAUAAGAUGUAGAAAAAUUAAAAUCAUAAUUAAAUAUAUAAUUUAAAGAUAUGAAAGAGUUAAAAGAUUUGACAGAGAGAUUAUAUGCUGGUGCAAUGGUGUUUGCUAAUUAUAUAUAACCAGAGGAUUAGAUUUAGGAAAUUUUAAAUUGUUGGAAAAAUUUUUUUUAAAAUUACUGUGAGCUUUUAAAAGUAUUAUCUGAAUGA